GAGAGAUACGGGACUAUCGUAGAUCCUCUGGGGAGCCUCAACAACAUCACGAAGCUGACGAGGCAGAGAAGAGUCUCUCCACAUCAGAACAUCUCAAUAAACACCAGCGAAAACCCACAGGGAAGAAACUUCACCGCUGCUCUGACUGUGGGAAGAGUUACUCAAGAUCAGAUUCACUACAACUUCACCUGAGAAUUCACACAGGAGAGAAUUCUCACUGCUGCUCUGACUGUGGGAAGAGAUUCACCUCUUCAGCAGACCUUAAAAAACAUUUGAGAAUCCACACAGGAGAGAAACCUUACAGCUGUGAUCAAUGUGGGAAGAGUUUUACACGUACAAGUAAUCUGAAAACACACCAGAGAACACACACCGCAGAGAAACCCUAUAGCUGUGAUCAAUGUGGGAAGAGUUUUUCUUCGUCUAGCCAUCUGACUACACACCAGAGAACACACACAGGAGAGAAACCUCACCACUGCUUUGACUGUGGAAAGGGUUACUCAAGAUCAGAUUCACUGAAAGUGCACCAGAGAAUUCACACUGGAGAGAAACCUUAUAGCUGUUAUCAAUGUGGGAAGAGUUGUAAUAACACGAACAGCCUGAAAACACACCAGAGAAUUCACACUGGAGAAAAACCUUAUAAUUGUGAUCAGUGUGGGAAGAGUUUUAAUGAUACAAGCAGCCUGAAAACACACCAGAGAAUUCACACUGGAGAUAAACCUUAUAGCUGCUCUGACUGUGGGAAGACCUUUUCAAAAUCAUCUACAUUGCAAUCACACCAGAGAAUUCACACUGGAGAGAAACCUUAUAGCUGCUCUGACUGUGGGAAGACCUUUUCAAAAUUAUAUACAUUACAAUCACACCAGAGAAUACACACAGGAGAGAAACCUUACAGCUGUGAUCAAUGUGCAAAGAGUUUUGUUACAUCUAGCCAUCUGACUAUACACCAGAGAACACACACAGGAGAGAAGCCUUAUAUCUGUGAUCAAUGUGGGAAGAGAUACUCUGGUAAAAGAGCUCUGAUUAAACAUCAGAAAAUACAUGAAGGAGUUGUUUCAUGAUAUCAAUGAAAUUAUGUCACAAUGUAGAAUGUUUUAACAUUGUAGUAGGAGAAUUCUAAUGAUGUCACAAUGUAGAACCCUAAACGUUUGUCCCCUGUUCUAUUGAUUUCAGCAUGAUAUGGAUAUUAUCCUCAGCAGGGGAAAAAUCCAGGUUCUGAAAGAGUCCUAUUUAUGUGAUUUAACAAAACAAAAGUGUUGCAUUAGCGACCCACUUGAAUGAAAAUGCAACAAUUCAAAAUGUAGCUAGCUGUCUACAAAUUGUCCUCUAACCAGUGAUGUACACAUUAUUCCCAGAUUCCGUGUGCUUUUUGAGCUGUUAGUUUUAACAGGACGUGCAACCUCUUCUCCCCCCUCUCGUGCAAUUUAUUUCCAAGUGAUAUCAAUAUGAGUGAUGACGAAUAAGUGUUGCAUUUCUCUUCGUUUUAGGGACCACUAAAUGUAAAUGCAUCACUCCAACAUGUAGCUGACUGUCUUCUGCAGGUUGUCGUCUAACCAGUGAGGUAAAAGAUAUCUCCCAUUUCCAUUUUUAGUUGCGUUAGUUUCAACAGCAAGAAACAAUCUGAUUUCCCCCCUGAUCUAUAUCAGUGAUUUAUUGUUAAUUGACAAAACAAGUGUUUUUGGUGUUUGUGCAGUUAAUAAGGUGUUUAAAAAAUUACAAGUAAUAUGUUUUUGUUGAUAAAACGUUAAAACUGUUUUGACAUGGGGCACCUACCCACCUAGUGUCAUUGAAAAGAAGACAAUGCCCGACGUCCAAUCUACGUUCGGUUUUGGUUGAACGUUGAGAAAAAAUGUAUUUUUCAUAUCGUUUCAACGACUCCACUGGAUCAACCUAAUUUUAACAUUCUUGAGGUUUAUGAACAAUUUGAUUAUCAAUCAUACAUCACUCCUAGUAUUUACACAUACAGUAUUGAUUAUCAAUAAUACAUCACUCCUAGUAUUUAUUAUCAAUAAUACAUCACUCCUAGUAUUUAUUAUCAAUAAUACAUCACUCCUAGUAUUUAUUAUCAAUAAUACAUCACUCCUAGUAUUUAUUAUCAAUAAUACAUCACUCCUAGUAUUUACACACACAGUAUUGAUUAUCAAUAAUACAUCACUCCUAGUAUUUACACACACAGUAUUGAUUAUCAAUAAUACAUCACUCCUAGUAUUUAUUAUCAAUCAUACAUCACUCCUAGUAUUUAUUAUCAAUAAUACAUCACUCCUAGUAUUUAUUAUCAAUCAUACAUCACUCCUAGUAUUUA